AUGGAGAAGCUCUCUUCUACCGAGUUUACACCUAUAUUGAAGGCAUCUGACCUUGCAGAUGAAAUCCAAACAAAAGUGUUCGAGUUAUCCAUAGAUGCUACAAGGACUUACAAGGUCGAGAAAGACAUUGCAACAUAUUUAAAAAAAGAACUUGAUUUGCUUUACGGGGCAUCUUGGCAUGUCAUAGUUGGAAGAUCAUUUGGUUCAAAUGUCACACACGAGCAAGGGUAUUUCGCUUACUACUAUAUCGGAGAUCUAGCGUUUCUUGUAUUCAAGAACUAA